AUGUGGAACCAGGACCUAAUGGACGCAGUGCAGUUUUCUAAGGGAGGAGACCUUCUUUCCAUUCGUCUUGCACAUUCAGAACUUGGUGUAACUAAGCGUCAUAAGACCAUUGCUGCUAGUGUUGUGAGCCUGUUCGUUUUUGUGAUAUUGCUAGGUUCUGCUGCGUUUUGUUUAUGGAGAUACAGACUAUUAAAUCAAAAGUCGCUUUCACAAGAUGCAUGGAGGAAUGGUCUUAAAGGAAAAGAUGUCUCAGGUUUAGAUUUCUUUGAGAUGAAUACCAUUGAAGUCGCCACCAAUAAUUUCAGUCUCUCAAACAAACUCGGACAAGGUGGAUUUGGUUCAGUUUACAAGGGGAAGCUGCAAGAUGGGAAAGAGAUUGCUGUAAAACGUCUUUGUAGCAGCUCCGGACAGGGGACAGAGGAGUUCAUGAAUGAAAUAGUACUCAUCUCAAAACUCCAACACAGAAACUUAGUCCGGCUUUUGGGAUGCUGCAUUGAAGGAGAAGAGAAGCUAUUGAUUUAUGAGUUUAUGGACAACAAAAGCCUUGACACUUUUGUCUUUGAUUCAAGAAAAAGGCUUGAGAUAGAUUGGCCAAAGAGAUUUGAUAUCAUUCAAGGUAUUGCACGUGGACUUCUCUACCUCCACCAUGACUCACGCCUCAAGGUCAUUCACCGAGAUCUCAAGGUCAGCAAUAUUCUUCUGGAUGAGAACAUGAAUCCUAAAAUAUCAGAUUUUGGAUUGGCUCGGAUGUUCCAGGGAACACAAAAUCAAGAAAACACCCACAGAGUUGUAGGAACUAUAGGAUAUAUGUCUCCAGAGUAUGCAUGGACAGGGAUGUUCUCUGAGAAAUCAGACAUCUACAGCUUCGGAGUUCUUCUCUUAGAAAUCAUCAGCGGAGAGAAGAUCUCAAGGCGUGGGAAUCUUGGUGAAAACGGAGGAGUUAAUCUUUUGGACCAAGAUCUUGCUGAUUCAAGUCAGCCAUUAGAAGUUGGGAGAUGUGUUCAGAUUGGUCUGCUCUGUGUUCAACAACAACCUGAGGAGAGACCCAACACACUUGAGUUGCUGUCUAUGCUCACCACAACAACAGAUCUUCCACCGCCAAAACAACCCAUAUUUGCACUGCAAGCUAGAGGUGACCACAGAUCCUUGGCUAAUGAUUUGAUCACUAUGAACGAGACGACACUAUCUGUGAUCCAAGGGCGUUAA